GAGCAUUCAGCAGGAAGAGUUUAAUUAGAGAUCCUGUCUGGCUGGAGAGUUCUUUAUGCUCCUCUAUCCAAGCAGUGCUUUCAAACAGAGGCCACGGAUCAUGGGAGGAGUCUCAGUCCUUUCACAGAGGACUCUGUUAAGAAAACAGCCUGUUAGACUGAUGAGGGAUGAGUACAAGCAGCCUGGGAGCAAGUGAUACUCUAUUAGUACUUCUGUGGCACUGUCUCCUCCUCCUACUCUUGAUGGCAUAUAAACGAAGCUCACACACAGUGGGAGCACAAUCCUGGAAAAGGAGAAUAAACUGGAUGUAGACACUGAGACUCAGUGGCUUUAUUCUUGUAACAUCCAGACUCUAAAUAAGGGAAAAAGGAAGAUAUUUUUUACUUGCACAGGUAGUAGUAUUAAAGUUUCAGAACAAACAUGCUGAACGCUGGGAUACUAUUACUACUAAGUUAUUGCCUUAGUGUUGGGGAAGCAUUUACAGCCAAUUCAGAAACAACAGGAAAGAAGCAGUACCAGAUCCAGAAUGGACCAUGCACCUACACCUUUCUGCUGCCAGAACCACAGGACUGCGGAGGCCCUUCGAGCACUUACACUAACCAAGUGCAACGAGAUGACCUGGUUGACUAUGACAGCUCAAUCCAAAGACUAGAACAACUAGAAACCAUCAUGGAGAACAACACACAAUGGCUGCAGAAGCUGGAGAACUACAUCCAGGAGAACCUCAAACAAGACAUGGCCCAAAUUCAAAAUAAUGCGGUGCAAAACCACACAGUGACCAUGAUCAAGAUUGGGACCAGCCUCCUGAGUCAGACAGCAGAGCAAACCCGAAAAAUCACUACUGUUGAGGCACAGGUUAUUAACCAAACAACUCGACUUGAACGUCAGCUUCUUGAGAACUCCAUUUCAACCAGCAAACUGGAAAAAGAAAUUCUACAGCAUAUAAAUGAAAUCAACAAACUGAACGAAAAAAACAGUGUCCUGGAGAAGCGAGUGGAGAACAUAGAAGGAAAGAGAAAUACUGAGCUAGAAAACCUCAAAGAGGAGAAGGAACAGCUCAAAAAGCUGGUGGAAAAGCAGACUAACAUAAUGAAAGAAAUGGAGCAACAACUGCUCCGCACCUCCUCCGAUAACUCUGCAAUGAAGCAGCAGCAGCAAGAACUGACAAAUACAGUCAACAACCUAAUCCACACAAUCUCUGUGGGUAGCAAUUCAAUGAUGCAGGACAACCCAGAUCAGUACAAUGACUGUGCUGCAGUCUUCAGUGUAGGGAACAAGGAAAGCGGGGUCUACUCAUUGACCAUACCCGAUACAAAACAGCAGUUCAAGGCCUACUGUGACAUGGAGACAGAUGGAGGUGGAUGGACAGUAAUACAGAAGCGCUUUAAUGGCCUUGUUGAUUUUCAUCAAACGUGGACAAAUUACACAUUGGGGUUUGGAGAUAUCGCAGGUGAACACUGGUUGGGGAAUGAAUUCAUCUCUAAGUUGACACAAGAAAAACAAUAUGUGCUCAGAAUAGAUCUGAUGGACUGGGAGGGGAAUACGGCCUUUUCAAAAUAUGAGCAGUUCUCACUAGAUGGAGAGAAGCAGAAUUACAGGAUACACCUCAAUGGCUACAGUGGAACAGCAGGGAGAACCAGCAGCAUGGGACAGCCAGGAAGUGAUUUCAGCACAAAAGACAUAGACAACGACAAAUGUGUUUGCAAAUGCUCACAAAUGCUUUCAGGAGGUUGGUGGUUUGAUGCCUGUGGACCAUCUAAUCUCAAUGGCGUAUACUACCAGCAGGGGCAGAACACCAAUCGGUUCAAUGGUAUCAAAUGGUACUACUGGAAAGGUUCGGCAUAUUCACUAAAGGCCACUACUAUGAUGAUAAGACCAUCAAACUUCUGAGCCUCUACUUCUAAAGCACAAUAACUGCUGAUGUCACUGCUUUUCUUAUCCUGUAAGGAAAAUUUUGGUGGCUUGACCUUCAUGCACCUCUGAUAAAUUACUAUUUUUAAGAAGAUCAAGCUCUUGAAAAAUGCAAAGAAGGCUUUGUUUCUGUGUUAAAUAGCUAAUCAACUGAACACAAAAACAUGACCUACAACAUAUUAAAAUGGAGCUUCAUCAAUGGACAAGUUUUGUUGAAAUGGAAGUAUGAAUACUUGCUGUUAAUUGAAGACAAUUGAAGACUAACAGCUGUAAAGGGGACAGCUAUAAACGGAAUUACCUUGAUGCUUCACAGAAUUUCUGAAAUCUAUAUAUAGAUAGAAUUAACUAUUAUUUUCUUAUUGUGCUUAUUUUAUUUGUAAUUAAUAUAUUGUAAAUACCAAAUUAUUUACAGAAAUUGAUAUAUUUUCAAUGUAACCAUGGUACAAGAGUGAUUUAAAUGCAUAAUGCUGAGGACAUUCUUUAUAUUUGUCUUAAAAAUUGUUACUCUAUAAAGCUGUUGUUUACACAUGGUUAAGUGCUUUUGACCUUCUUGUAGAUUUCUUAACUCUGGGCAUUUGUUGACAGAUGACCAGACUUCACAGCAUUCCUUAAAGGUUUAUUUUAUUGACUUGUGUGUACAAAGAGGCCCGCUAACAUGACAGCAAAAACUAGGAAACAAAGUGUAUAAUGCCAUAAGCGUAAGGCCUAACAAUUACAAUUAGGUGUGAAAAUAAGAUAAGAAUGGUGAAACUGCUAGUGAUAAACAUGCUCGUCAAAUCAGGCCAUGGAUAUUUCAGGCUUCUUACAAUUUUCAUUUCAUUCUUGAGCUUUGUUUCACGUUUGGUAUCUCCCGUACAAUUGUGAUUUGGAUCGCACGCUGCCCCGAUGAUCUUACGCAUCAGACCGAUCAUUUGUCCUCUGUAAUGUAGUUUAAACAUGGGGUCUAUGACGUCUUUUACAAAACACGUUUUUCCCGCGGUGCAUUCGCACUCCAGUUGCUCAUCCGCAGCAGCGCCAGAACUCCAGUCACACUCCACCAGCUUUUGCCAGACGACUUUUUCAGAAUUCAGUUCUUUCCAAGACACAAACUUUGUCCCCUAAUCGAUAUAGAAUGUUGUCGCCGUUUCCUAGAAUCUGGAUUGACUGUUUUAAUCCACGACGGUCCAGUGAAAUUUCAGUUUCAGUUUCCGGUUUAUGCUUCAGAUCCGCCAAAGCGUUAUUUGUAGAAAAAUUGCAGUGUGUGUCAGGCUCAGACAAAUUGUAUUCUUGAAGCUGAUUCUGUCGGUCCAUGUAGAUAACGUUAAACUUCUGAUCAACAAGAUCUUUCAGUAGCUCCGAUGUCCGCACUGUCAAACGUGGUAUUGUUCGCAGUGUAUUGUUCGCAGUCGCAACUGCAGAGUUUAUCAGGCCAGCCGUUGUUGGUUUUAGCGAUUGGGUCCACCCUCACCCGCGUUGCGUGGUGUACAGGGUGGGGCUGUCAUCAGGAAGCCAUAAACAUUGGUCAA